AUGGCGCAGCAGAGCGCCCUGUCGUCGGCGCUGGACCGCAUCGUCCAAGAGCUCCGCUCCAAACACGAUGAAAUCAGACAAAAGGGCGCGCACAACCUGCGGCAAACGGUCGAGGCGGCGCAUCGAGAGCUGGCGCCCACCGUCUUCACCAACUUCUACGGCGAAGUCUACGGCAAGAUCUCGAGCCUCAUCGUCGGCGGCAGCGACUCCAACGAGCGCAUCGGCGGCAUCCACGCCCUCAACGCCCUCAUCGACUUCCGCGGCGACGAUGCCGGCACCAAGACGACGCGCUUUGCCUCGUACCUGCGGGCGGUCAUGCGCGGCCAGGACACGACGUCGAUGGUGGUCGCCGCGAAGGCCCUGGGGCGCCUCGCGAAGCCCGGCGGCACGCUCACGGCCGAGCUGGUCGAGGCCGAGGUCAAGGGCGCGCUGGAAUGGCUGCAGCUGGAACGUCUGGAGAACCGCCGCUUCGCUGCCGUGCUGAUCCUGCGCGAGCUGGCCAAGAACUCGCCCACGCUCAUGUACCAGUGGAUCGCGCAGAUCUUCGAGGUCAUCUGGGUUGCUCUCCGCGACCCCAAGGUGCUCAUAAGAGAGUCGGCUGCAGAGGCAAUUAGUGCCUGCUUUGAGAUCAUAUCCCCCCGCGACUCGGCUAUGCGCCAGCUGUGGUUCGGCAAGGUCUAUGAUGAGAUCUUUCGCGGGUUCACGAUCGGUACAAACGAAGCAAUACACGGAUCCCUGCUUACGAUGAAGGAGCUGCUGGACAAGAGCGCAUACUUUAUGAACGAACCGCGCUUCAAGGAGACGGCUGAGACGGUGCUCAAGUACCGGGAGCAUAGGGAUACCCUCGUCCGCAGGGAGGUCGUGCUCAUCAUCCCGCGACUCGCCAGUUAUUCGCCUACCGAGUUCGCCGCGAAGUACCUCCACCAAUGCAUGCUGCACCUGCAAGGCUUGAUACGAAAGGACCGCGAUCGCGACAAGGCCUUCGUCGCAAUCGGACAGGUAGCGAAUGCCGUAGGAGUUGCCAUCUCUCCGUACCUCGAGGGUAUCCUAGGCUUCAUUCAGGAAGGACUGACAGCUAAAGCACGAAACAAGGGUGUCGUCAACGAGGCUCCGAUCUUCCAGUGUCUUAGUAUGAUCGCUGCAGCCGUUGGACAAGCUCUUACCAAGAGCGUGGAGCGAUUGCUGGACCCCAUCUUCUCCUGCGGGCUGAGCGAUUCGCUUUUUCAGGCCCUUGUCGACAUGGCGCAUUACGUACCGCCAUCACGACCGAUGAUUCAGGAGAAACUCUUGGACCUCCUCAGUCAGAUUCUUGCUCAACGACAUUUCUUACCCCUCGGCAGCCCCUACCAAGUGUCACAACCACCGCAAAUCUGGACGCGAGACCACAAGGACCCCGCGAUUAUCCCUGCGCGAGAAGCUGAGAUUGCUCUUGCGCUCCACACACUCGGCAGCUUCGACUUCACUGGACACGUAUUGAACGAAUUCGUGCGCGAUGUUGCCAUUCGCUAUGUGGAAGCAGACAACCCAGAGAUCCGCAAGCGCGCGGCCCUGACAUGCUGUCAGUUGUUCGUCAAGGAUCCGAUAGUAUAUCAGACUAGCACUCACGCUACCAAAGUGGUCGGUGAUAUCAUCGAGAAGCUCUUGACAGUUGGCGUGGGCGAUGUCGACUGGGAGAUACGCUGGGAGGUUUUACUCGCGCUCGAUGCUCGCUUCGAUCGUCAUCUUGGGAAGGCGGACAACGUCCGAACCUUGUUUCUGGCCCUCAACGACGAGAUCUUUGUUAUUCGGCAAGCUGCAAUGUCUAUAAUAGGACGUUUGACAGCAGUGAACCCGGCCUAUGUGUUCCCGUCACUACGCAAAGUCCUGCUGCAAUUGCUGACCGAGGUCAACUAUGCUAACAGCCCGCGGAGUAAGGAAGAGAGUGCAAAGCUCAUCAGUAGUCUGGUUGGAGCAGCCGACAGCCUUAUCAAACCGCUCGUUGACCCAAUCGUUACCGUGCUUUUACCCAAGGCAAAGGACCCGAAUCCUGAGGUUGCGUCGACUACACUCAAGGCCAUUGGCGAUCUCGCCUCAGUUGGUGGUGAGGGCAUGAUCAAGUACAUCCCUGAGCUGAUGCCGGUUAUCCUGGACUUCAUGCAAGAUCUAAGUUCGGAUUCGAAACGCUUCUCUGCGCUCAAGGCUCUUGGGCAGCUCGCUACCAAUGCCGGCUAUGUCAUCGAACCGUACAGAGAUUACCCAGAGCUGAUGAACAUCUUGAUGAGUAUCGUCAAAACUGAGCCAGAGGGCGAGUUGAGACGGGAGACAGUCAGGCUCAUGGGCACGCUCGGCGCACUGGAUCCGGACGAGUACCAGAAGAUCAUGGAGCAGUCCCCGGAUCAACAACUUAUACUGGAAGCGCAGGCCGUUACUGACGUCUCGCUCAUUAUGCAAGGCACCACCCCUUCGAAUGAGGAGUACUAUCCCACCAUCGUCAUCAGCACGCUCAUGGGGUUGCUGAAGGAUCUGUCACUUAUGCAGUUUCACUCUGCAAUCGUCGAUGCUGUUAUGAACAUCUACGCCACCAUGGGACUGAAGUGCGUGCCAUUUCUCAACCAGGUGGUGCCCGGCUUCCUCCAGGUCAUUCGCUCCGCACCAGCUGGUCGAUCGGAAGGCUACUUUAACCAGCUUAGUCAGUUGGUGCGUAUUGUGCGCCAACACAUCCGUCCAUACCUGCCAUCGAUCUUGACAUGUGUCAAAGAGUACUGGGGUAAUAACCCUCAACUGCAAGCCACGAUCCUGUCACUCAUUGAAGCUAUCGCACGGUCGCUCGAAGGGGAGUUCAAGGUCUACCUGGCAGAUGUCCUUCCUCUGAUGCUGAGUGUCCUCGACUCGGAUACGACCGGUAAGAGACUGCCGUCCGAGAGGGUACUACACGCUUUCCUGAUCUUUGGGUCAAGCGCUGAGGAGUACAUGCAUCUGAUCAUCCCUAUCAUGGUCAAGAUGUUCGACAAGCCAGGCCAACCACAGCACAUCCGAAGACUAGCGAUAGAAACGUUGGGUCGUUUGUCGAAACAAGUCAAUGUCUCUGAGUUCGCUGCACGAAUCAUUCAUCCCCUCUGCCGAGUACUUUCAGGGAACGAUCCGGCUCUGAAGCAGACAGCUCUUGAAACGCUUUGUGCGUUGAUCUUCCAGCUGGGACCCGACUACAUCCACUUCGUGCCGACCGUGAACAAGGUUCUGAUUGCGAACAAGGUGCCUCACGAAAACUAUGGUCGUAUCGUGUCCAAGCUACAGAAGGGUGAGCCCCUGCCACAAGAUCUUAGCCCGGAUGAGCGAUAUGGAGAGGAUGAUGAGGACCUCAACCCAGCAGAGAUCCUUACAAAAAAGCUAGCAGUCAACCAGCAACAUCUCAAGGCGGCUUGGGAAGCCUCAUCAAAAACCACAAAGGAGGAUUGGGUCGAAUGGAUGCGUAGAUUCAGUGUCGAGCUGCUUAGAGAGUCUCCACAGCAAGCGUUGCGCGCCUGCACGCCGCUCGGCAGCAUCUACAACCCCAUUGCCAGGAGUUUGUUCAACUCGGCGUUCGUCUCGUGCUGGACUGAACUAUAUGAUCAGUAUCAGGAAGAGCUCGUGCGGUCGAUCGAGGCUGCGCUCACAUCACCAAAUAUUCCACCUGAGAUCCUGCAGAUUCUGCUCAACUUGGCAGAGUUCAUGGAACACGACGACAAAGCAUUGCCCAUUGACGUCAGGAUACUGGGAAUGUACGCUGGCAAGUGUCACGCGUUUGCUAAGGCACUGCACUACAAGGAGUUGGAAUUUAAUGCCGAACAAAACUCGAGUGCGGUCGAAGCCCUCAUCAGUAUCAACAAUCAGCUGCAGCAGACAGAUGCGGCUUUUGGAAUCUUGCGAAAGGCUCAGGGGUAUACGGACGUUGAGCUGAAGGAGACAUGGUUCGAGAAGCUGCAGCGAUGGGACGAAGCUCUACACUCUUACCAGCGCAGAGAGCUUGAAGAGCCAGACUCAUUCGAAAUCACCAUGGGUAAGAUGCGUUGUCUACACGCCCUUGGUGAAUGGGAUCUGCUCUCGAGCUUGUCGAAAGAGAAGUGGGCCAAUGCCAGCCAGGAGUAUCGCAAAGCCAUUGCACCGCUUGCUGCAACGGCUGCAUGGGGUCUGGGCAAGUUCGCCGACAUGGACUCGUACUUGAGUGUCAUGAAAGAGCAAUCGCCUGACCGAGCAUUCUUCGCCUCUAUCCUCAACAUCCACAACAAUAGAUUCGAAAUCGCUAUCGAUGAGAUCGCCAAGGCUCGCAAGGGCCUCGACACGGAACUCAGCUCGCUACUUGGCGAGUCGUACCAGCGGGCUUACCUCCCAAUGAUCCGUGUACAGAUGCUUGCUGAGCUCGAAGAGAUCAUGCUGUACAAGCAGCUGGGCAUCAAGGAGAACCGCGAGAAGCAGGCAUCCAUGCGGAAGACCUGGAUGAAGCGGCUUAAGGGGCUGCAGCCCAACCCUGAAGUAUGGCAACGCAUGAUGAAGGUGCGGCAACUCGUCAUCUCGCCCGACGAGGGCACCGACAUGUGGAUCAAGUACACCAACCUUUGCCGCAAGAACAACAGAAUGAACCUCGCGAACAAGGCGCUGCAGAAGCUACUCAACAUCGAGGGUUCAGGUGAGCACAGGGUCGUCGAAUAUGUGCGCGAGAAUGCACACAAGAUCUCUCACCCUGUGGCGUACGCAACGUACAAGUACAUGUGGGCGGAUCAGCAUACCCAGCAAGAAGCGCUCGACUCCAUGAAAGACUUCACAGCGCGACUGUCAGAUGACCUAGCUAUGCGCGCCAGGGCCGCCUCGCAUCCAAUGAUGGGACAGAACAGUAUGAACGGCAUGACCAACGGUCAUCCUCAGCUGUUCAACAACAUGAAUCCUUUCGCCGCUUCUAAUGGUGUUAACGGUAUGGCAGGCAUGAACGGCUCUAGUACACUUAACGGAUCAGCAAUGGGCGUCUCACCAGCUGAACUGGCCGAAUGCCACCGUCUCCUAGCGAAGUGUUACCUGAAGCAGGGCGACUGGCAACAAGAGCUCCAGGAUGGAGAGUGGGAGCACGAAUAUGUUCAUGAGAUUCUGUCUGCCUAUGCCGCUGCUACUAGGUAUAACCAAAACUGGUACAAGGCAUGGCACGCUUGGGCACUUGCCAACUUCGAGGUCAUCAACUCGAUCACAUCGAAGGCUGAUCGGGAGUCUACAGAUGUGCCCUCUAACAUAGUGCACGAUCACGUCGUCCCGGCCAUUCAUGGUUUCUUCAAGUCUAUUGCGCUGUCCUCGACUAGCUCGCUACAGGACACGCUUCGCCUACUCACGCUUUGGUUCACUCAUGGUGGUCUGCCGGAAGUCAACAGGACCAUCACCGAAGGGACAAAGUCAGUACCGAUCGACACCUGGCUGGAAGUCAUCCCACAACUGCUCGCUCGAAUCAACCAGCCAAAUCCUACUGUACGACAGUCGAUUCACCAGCUAUUGAUUGAAGUCGGCAAAGCGCAUCCGCAAGCUCUCGUCUUUCCAUUGACUGUUAGUAUGAAGUCAGACGUUUCCAGGCGCCAACGAUCCGCAAAGGAGCUCAUGGAAGCAAUGCGCGAACACUCGCCUCGCCUGGUCGAACAGGCCGAUUUGGUCAGUCACGAGCUUAUCCGCAUCGCGGUGCUCUGGCACGAACAGUGGCAUGAAGGCCUCGAGGAAGCGAGUAGACUGUACUUCGGCGAUCAUAACAUAGACGGUAUGUUCGCAACGCUCGCGCCCUUGCACGCUAUGCUCGACAAGGGUCCAGAAACGUUGCGCGAGAUCUCGUUCAUACAGUCAUUCGGCCGAGAGCUACAGGAGGCCCGGGACUGGUGCAACACGUUCAGAACCUCCGGAGAGAUAGGAGACCUCAACCAGGCCUGGGAUCUGUACUACCAGGUGUUCCGCAAGAUUGCACGCCAGCUGCCGUCGCUCAUGUCGCUAGAGCUGCAGUAUGUCUCACCCAAGCUUAAGGACGCCCACGAUCUCGAGCUCGCUGUUCCCGGGACAUAUGUGGUUGGCAAGCCAGUCAUUCGUAUCGUGUCUUUCGAUCCGCUGGCCUCCGUCAUUCAGUCCAAGCAGCGGCCUCGUAAGCUCGAAAUGCAGGGUAGCGAUGGCAAGCCUCAUACCCACAUUCUCAAGGGUCACGAAGAUAUCCGUCAAGACGAGCGGGUCAUGCAGUUGUUUGGUCUCUGCAACACUCUGCUGGCCAACGAUGUCGAGUCACGCAAGCGACAUCUCAAUAUCCAACGCUAUGCCGCCGUGCCGCUUAGCACGCAGUCCGGUCUUCUGGGUUUCGUGCCGAACAGCGACACCCUCCACGUUCUUAUUAGGGAGUACCGUGAUAGCAGGAAAAUUUUGCUCAACAUCGAACAUCGCAUCAUGCUGCAGAUGGCUCCGGACUACGACUGUCUCACCCUCAUGCAAAAGGUCGAAGUCUUUGGGUACGCGCUCGACAACACCACCGGCCAAGACUUGUAUCGUGUGCUCUGGCUCAAGAGUAAGAGUUCUGAAGCCUGGCUCGAUCGUCGUACAAAUUACACGCGCUCGCUGGCGGUCAUGUCGAUGGUCGGCUACAUUCUCGGCCUUGGUGAUCGCCAUCCGUCCAACUUGAUGCUCGAUAGGGUUACGGGUAAGAUCGUACAUAUCGACUUUGGCGACUGUUUCGAAGUGGCCAUGCACCGCGAGAAAUACCCCGAACGCGUGCCUUUCCGUCUCACGCGCAUGUUGACGUACGCCAUGGAGGUUAGCAACAUCGAAGGCAGCUACAGGACAACGUGCGAGCAUGUCAUGCGGGUACUGCGCGAUAACAAAGAAUCCGUCAUGGCGGUGCUCGAAGCUUUCAUACACGACCCCCUCCUAACCUGGCGUCUCGGCAACCGCGGCGACUCCCCACCCGAACCCAACUACCCAUCCGAGCGUCGCCAAUCCAUCAUGGGCGACAUCACCGACAUGGGCUCGAUGGUGCGCGGCCGCCAUCGGUCCAGCAUCGCACCGCCCAACGAAGCGGAAGCCAAGGAAGUGCAGAACGCGCGUGCGCUGCAGGUCUUGUCGCGCGUCAAGGAGAAGCUCACGGGUAAAGACUUUAGGCCUGGUGAGGAGCUGAACUAUCAAAUGCAGGUCGAUCGCUUGAUCAAGGAGGCGACGAACCUGGAGAAUUUGUGUCAGCAUUAUAUUGGUUGGUGCAGUUUCUGGUAA